AUGACGCGCUAUAUAGCGUGUUAUUCCGGCCUUUUUGCGGAUAGGUGUGGAGUCCGCGCAUAUACAGGGCACUGGUAUCCCGUAUUUGCUGUUCUCUGUGAUAUUAUCGCUGUUGAUCACUGGGACAGCGAAAAAGAGAGGAAAAACGAAAAGAUGGCGGAACAACCUGAGAAACGAUUGGGUGGAAAAUAUCAUAUUCUGCGCGAACUGGGCAAGGGAAGUUCAGCUGUAGUCUAUCUUGCGGAACUUGUGGGUGCCGACGAGAAAGCUUUGAGGGCGAUUAAAUGUUUCCGUACAGAUGGUCUGAAUAUGGAAGAGAAGCAACGUUUGGUUGACGAAGCCAGUCUACUGUCCAAAAUGAAACAUCCUUUCAUAUUGCGCUUUUAUGAGAGCUUUUUCGAAGGGGAAAAGUUUUUCAUCGUAACUGAACAUUGCAAGGGUGGCGAUUUGGCCCAAUUUUUGCGUGACUUGAAGGAAUCCGGUCAUCAUUUGGGGGAGGAACAAAUUGGUCGAUGGAUUGUUCAACUACUUCUGGCAAUCAUCUAUGUACACAAUGCCAAGGUUUUGCACCGUGAUUUAAAAACCAGUAACAUUUUCCUCCAAGACGGUGGUGACGUUCGCAUUGGCGAUUUCGGAAUCUGUCGGACGUUGAAUUCCACUCAGGAUUUGGCAACCACAUUUGUCGGCACACCGUACUAUAUGAGCCCCGAAUUACUGACUCAGAAUAGUUACAACAAUAAAUCUGAUAUAUGGUCAGUAUCCGUAGUUUUUUUGUUCGAAUCCAUUCUAUUGCGUAUCAAAGUUGUCGUGACGGUCAUUUCUCUGCACUAG